UAUAGAGGCUGCAUGAGUGCAAGCUGAAAUCAGUCGUUCUCCGGUCCAUAGAGUGUGUGCACUGUGCUUCGCCAUGGCAGCCAUCCAAAAUAGCCUUAAGGUAGCCCUGAGGAAUCGCAUGAAGGAGGUCCUCAGCUGUUUAACGCCCGAGAUGAUAGCUAGACAAUCGGAGGCAGUGACCGAGAGAGUGCUGAAAAAUGAGGCAUUUCGUCAGGCUCAGCGCGUUAGCAUCUAUCUGAGCACCAGCGAUGAGCUGGACACCACUGCGAUAAUCCGCGAGAUGUUUAGGCUGGAGAAGAUGGUGUUUGUGCCCACCUAUCAGGGCACAAAGAUGAAAAUGGUGCGUUUGCGCGAUAUGAACGAGUACGAGGGAUUGCCGCUGACCAAAUGGAAUAUAAAGCAGCCCGAUUUUAAGGAGAGCCGCGAGGAUGCCAUGACAAAUGGACAUGGCAUUGAUCUGUUUAUCGUGCCCGGCGUCGCAUUCACGCGCAGCGGCGAUCGCAUGGGCCACGGCAUGGGCUACUAUGACAAAUAUCUGAAGCAGCAUGCGGAAAAGUAUCCGCACAAGAAGACAACCAUUAUGGCACUGGCCCUCAAUGAGCAGAUCGUCAGCAACGAGGAGCUGCCCAUGGAGGAUCACGAUGUGCGCCUGAAUUGUGUGAUUACAGAGAAUGCUUAAGUUUAAUUACUUUACAUACAAAUUGUAUAAAUCAAAUAUACAGAAAACACUUUUGAUAUA